AUGGGGGAGUUUUCAGGGCACCUGGUAGGGAAUGGGGAGAUGGAGGAGACAGAAGAGGAGCCAUCACUUUGUGUAUUCAUGAGGUACCACUGUGAGGAAUAUUUGAAGAUCCAAAGCUGUACAGCAAGGCCACCGGACAAAAUGCCAUCCCCGAUUACUGCAGGUCUCCACUGCCUAUUUCUACUGGUCACAGCAUGUUGCCAGACAUCACAGGACUCAAACUUCAGUCCGUUCAUCCCAUAUAUAUUUGACAGUACACUAGGACAGGACAUUUUCCAGUCAGCGAUGCAGAGGCAGAAGCAAAACCUGCUUAGUUUUGACCUUCCCCCUCUAGAGUACACCAUUGACAUUGAAGUAAGCCUUAUGGAUUCAUCGUUUCUGGAGCCGAUCAGAGAGUAUUUCAGAAACCUUAGUCUUCCAGUUUCAACAAACAUUUCAGAUGUAGAAAUUACAAACAUCAACAUUACAACAGUCUGUCUGUCCAGUGGUGACAACAAUAGCUGUUGUUCUUGUGAAAAUGGAUAUGCCUGGCCGAGCGCGGUGUGCAGUGGUUUGGUAGCCUGCCCUUCUGUCAGCCUAGAACCUGCCCUGCCCUGUGGCUACAUGAAGGAAAUGCCUUUCUACGGGCCUUACUGUGAGCCUCAGACUAAAGACUCAUGUGGCAUGGGAGAGCCCAUUGUAAUGAUUAUGUCAGUCAGACUCAACAUAAGCUUUCAGGAUGAUCUCGGGGAUCCUUCUUCUGUAUUAUACAACAAAUACAAAGCUGACCUUGAAAAAGCGUUCAAUGCUAGCUACAGAUGUUUACCAGGCUUUGUAUCAGCAACAGUAACUGGUUUCAGGCCUGGAAGUGUUAUUGUGAACUAUGAAGUAAAAGCAGGAGCAGCAAGCUUCAGUCAGAUAGCAAAUUCCAACAGAAUUGUACCACAGUUUCUCGAUGCAUACUACCAGCUGGACCAAGCUACCUUCACAAUAGAAAUGACUAAUCACACAAACUUCACUGUGAUUCCUGUAGACAUUUUUCAAGGGGAUACAGUAAAACUGAUCUGUGAGAUAAAUUCGACAUCUGAGAAUGUGACCUGGUAUUUCUCCAAUCAGACCAUCACAACCAACUCCCGGUAUUUGAUAGAGGCAAAAGCUUCGAGGUCAAUUCUUACAAUUAAAAACACUACGAUACAUGAUUCUGGUUCCUAUAAAUGUGUUUUCACAAAGAGAAAGAGCCUUCACACACUGGUAUUCAAGGACACAAAACCAAUAGAAGUCUCUCUGCUGAACAUCAGUUCAAACUUUAACAACAUUGAUGUUACAUGCAACAACCCUGAAAUGCAGACAAACAGUCCUGUGCUGUCCUGUUGUAUUGACAGACACUUACCAUCGCUUACUGGUGACUGGAAAGUAAAUGGAACAAUCAAUAUUUCAGGAGUCUCCAGUUUCAGUGAAAACUGCACCGAAUACAAGCUCAACAUCAAUGAAUCACUGUGCCCACCGAAGGACUCAGGGGCAGUGACGACGUACACAUGUGAGCUGCGGACCGGACACGGUGCCAGGGGCAGUCGGGAUAUCAGGGUGACGUACCUCAGGAGAGCCAAUGUAAAAAUAUCUUCAGCUGUAAACUCAGUUUCCGAGGGACAUGGAUUCAAUCUGACGUGUGAAAGUGAUAUCAGCAAUUAUGACAGCAUCAGUUGGAAAAUCCAGUCUGGAAACAACACAAAAACAGUAGAUUGUGAUACGUGCAUCAAUAGCAGCUUUUCAGCCAUGUCGGUGCUCACAGUGAAGGCUGCCACACUGGCCUGGAACGGCACCUUCAUCUGCACAUUCUCCCAGAAGAACCUAGAGAGUUCUGCCAAUAAGACAAUCCAGGUUUUUUCCUUGCCUCUGAAGCAGAACAUCAUGAUAAACCCCAUUGAAGCACCUAUACAGUGCAACAAGCCAGAAGCCCUUCAGUGCUGCAUACGUGCUCACUCCAUGGAAGACUACAACGUUACAUUCAUGGUCGAACAUAAGGAAGUUCCAUUUGAGAAAGAGGUAAGAGGAAAUUUGUCUUGCUACACGUACAAUUACAUGGAAAGCGAUUGCAGCAAAGAAAAUCUCACAGCAUCCUGCAAGUUUUUUAACCACAUUGAACAGGGAGUUGAAAGUGAAUUUAUAAGACUGAACCUGAUAGACGGUAACAAAGUUUCUUGCUCAGACAAUCUUGGCAGUGGAAUAGAAGGAUCCACAUUAAUAAAGCCGUGCUACAACUUAAAUGAUCCAUACGGUUUUACCCAAGGCAGGAAAACGUACACGUGCUCCAACAAAUCAUGGAAGCUUAAAGCAGACGAGUGCCUUUCUGUAGCAAUAAACAACGUGCUGACUGAAGCCGAGUCCUUGGUCAGAAGUCCUGAGCCAAGAGCAAACCUACCUAAAUACCUUGAAGAGCUUAAGAACACAGUAAGACAGGAGCAAACUACAAGAAACAUUUCUUCUGCAGACCUAGGCACAGUUGUUGUCAUCCUGGACAAGAUCUCCCCUAUCCCAGCAAAUGCAACGGAGACCAAUAUUGAAAAUUUCCUCUGCAUAGUGGACAUGAUUGUUGCUAAUUCCACAACUGCAGUUUGGGAAACCCUGACUGAAAAGAAUAUAAGCAUCAGGUCUUCGUUACUGCAAUCGGUAGAAAAGUUUUGCCUGCACCUCCAACCAGUUAAUAAUACCAUUCCUCCUGUCUCUGCAAGCACCCUUCAGCUACAAGGUUUAGUCACAAAAAAUAACACAGAUUAUAAUAAGAACUUCGUCAGUACAGAAAACCUCACAGUUAACGUCUAUAUUGGUGAAACUGAAAUUCAGACUCUAACCCAUAAUUCAGUCAUUGUCAGUGUGAUGUACUCAAGCUUUGGACGUAUUUUAUCCCUGAAUGAGCCUGAGAGUGUGAACGGCUUACUGAUAACAACAACUGUGCAAAGCAACAGCAGCAGACAGAAGUUCGACGUUAAUAUGACCUUUGCGAAGAAAAACUCAUCUCCAAAGAAUCGGUGUGUCUUUUGGAACUUCACACUCAACGAACUUAACGGGGGCUGGGAUGGUCACGGUUGCACAUCCACAGAGGAAGAAGAUUAUGUCAUUUGCACUUGCAAUCACUUGACAUCGUUCUCCAUUCUGAUGUCAGGUGAUCAAUCUCCCCAGUCAGAAAUUGAAGAUUAUAUUACCUACAUUGGCCUGGCCAUUUCAAUCUUGAGUUUGGUGGCCUGCAUUAUAAUUGAAUCCUUAGUCUGGAAAUACGUGACAAACAACACAACCUCCUAUAUGCGCCAUGUCUGUAUGCUCAACAUAGCUACAUCACUCCUGAUUGCUGACAUUUGGUUCAUUGUCACUGCCGCCCUCAAUGACCAAAUGAGCAAAGAUACCUGUUUUGUGGCCACCUUCUUCAUCCAUUUAUUCUACCUGUGUGUCUUUUUCUGGAUGCUCAGCCUGGGCCUCAUUCUUUUCUACAGACUGGUGUUCAUCUUACAUAACACAAGCAAGACGACUCAGAAAGUAGUGUCGUUCUGCCUGGGAUAUGGGUGCCCCUUUCUCAUUGCAGUCAUCACCAUCGCUGUCACACAGCCAAGGAACAGUUACAUCAGAACGGGUGUCUGCUGGCUCAACUGGAAGGACAGCAAAGCUGUCUUGGCCUUCAUCAUACCUGCCCUGAUCAUUGUGGCCAUGAAUUUGUUCAUCACCACAGUUGUUAUAAUAAAAAUACUGAGGCCAACUAUUGGGGAUAGGUCAAACAGGCAAGAGAAGAACUCUUUGUUUCAAAUUGGCAAAAGUGUGGCCAUCCUGACACCACUGUUAGGCCUCACCUGGGGAUUUGGCCUUGCCACUGUUGUCAAAAACAACAGUCGAGCUUUCCACAUCCUCUUUUCUCUGCUCAAUGCUUUGCAGGGAUUAUUCAUUUUGGUGUUUGCAACUCUCUGGGACAAGAAGAUACAAGAAGCCCUGCUGAAGAGGAAUUCCAUGUCCAAGUGGAGUUCACAGCAAACAAAGUCAUCCUCCCUGAUCCUGGUGACACCAAUGCUUGCUAUGAGCUAUCCAUUUUCAAGAACGUUUAACAACUUAUGUGGGAAAACAGGAAAAUACAGAGUGUCUUCUUCAGAGCCAUCCACCUCUUCCACUGAAAACACUUCCAAGUCAUAUUCUUUGCUUAACUGA